GAAAACAUAAGCAAACUGUGUCGGACCUGUUUAAGAGAGGACAAUGAUAAAAUGGUUUGUUUAUUUGUGGGACCAGCAGGAUCAUCAUUGGCAGCAAAACUGCGAUCCCUAUCUGGUCUAGAGGUUUGGGCAUUUCUCCGGUGCAAAUGGUGAAAGAACGUAUUUGCAGAUACGUCUUUCACCAUUUGUACGGCAGACUUGUAGGUCAACCUAUGUAUAAAAUACAAGUUUUACUGCACGAAAAUUUAGUCGCACUUUUUAAAAUAAAAACAGCAGCUCGCAAAAAAGUCACUUUCACCUUUGCCUGUCAUUUUUCUAAAAUUCGCGCAACUUAAGAAUAUUGACGUUUUACACAUAAUCGAUGACGUUUAAUUCAAUAAGCUAAGAUUGCUGAGUUUGUUUACAUGUUUCUGAAAUUGUCAUUAACGUACUGUUUCUCUUCGGUAAAUCAAAACGAAUUUGGACAUUUCUAAAAAAUAUGGGUAUGACGACGUAAAUUCCUUUCAUAGGUAUGGCAAGGGGAUGGCUUGCCAGAAAACAUGUGUGAUCGAUGUGUUACUCGAGCCGAAUCCGCUCUUUUAUAUAGGGAGCAGUGUCAAGUUGCUGACAGCGCAUUAAGGCAGGCAGCAUUAAAAGUUCCAUGUAUGAAAUCCUAUGCUGCCGUUUCGGGAUGUAAACAGUAUCAACAAAAUCCAUCAUUUUUAUCGACUCAAAAUGCACAGAAUACCUUGAAAUGCGUUGAGUGUAGAGCAGUAUUUAUGAAUUACCAGGAACUUUGUCUACACAGUAGAUUACACGUACCAUUUCUACCAGAAAGUAAUAUCCCAUCUCAGCAUAUGCAUAUCGUCGAAUCUCCAAAUACGUGUCACAAUUUAAAUCAUUUGCGUAAUAACUCAAUUAACAUUCAUAUAAAUUCGAUGGCAGAAGAUGACGUAUGUUCCCGUAGAACUGCCUGCGCUCUGCACUGCUCUCAUUGCAACCACACAUUUUCAGAUAGAACACAGCUUAUAAAUCAUAGCUUAGCUCACGAUGUAAGUAAUACAAGUUUACUUUGUGACGAAGAAAACAUUCAGAUCAGAAACAUUUCGAAUCCUGUUAGUCGAAAUUGGCUUCUUGGAAGACCCAUUCAACAUCCGUUGGAAAAAACAAUACCGAAUCUGCAAUAUCCCUCUCAAUCCUUUGUAAAUGAAACUAAAAAAAUUCGGAAUGUUGCUUUUUCUGGCAAUAGUUUGCACAACAUAGAACAAUUUAAUAACACUAACGGCCAUCAAAAUAUUUCUUUUCACCCUGAAGCUACUUUACCAGUUUCUUUAAACUUUGAUCCUCGUAAGAUCAUUCAACAGAAUAAUGAUGAAAAAGUUAGUCAGGAAUGCUUUGUCGCUUCUAAUUGUUUAACGCCUAUAGAAAAAUUUUAUUCCAAAAAAUCAGAAGACAUUAAAAACAAAACAUACGAAUGUGAGAAAUGCGGUCGCUUUUUUCUGCAAGAGUCUAAGUUCCAAAGUCAUUGGUUAUCACAUUCUGAUAAUCGGCCAUUUAAGUGCUUUAGAUGUCACAAAGCUUACGCAUGUAAGAGUAAAUUAAACGCACAUAUGAGAUUGCAUACAAAGUCAAAUGUUCAUCCGUGUAAAAUAUGCAAUAAAAUUUUUACAUAUCCGUCAUACUUGUUAGAGCAUAUGAACGCUCACAAAUCAAACAACCACAAACUAAAAGAUCAAAAGCAAAUAUUUCAUUUUGAAUGUAACAUAUGCAAGAAGAAAUUUCAAAUUGCUAAACUAUUGAAUGCUCAUUUGAGACUUCACAGUGGAAUAGGCUUAUCACAAUGCAAUGUUUGCGAUAAAAAAUUUAAUCACAAAUAUAGUUUAAAAGUUCACCUUCAAUCGCAUGAAGCGAAAAAGGUAUACAAGUGUGAGUAUUGUGAUAAAUCUUUCACACAAAAAAGUAAUCUCGUUGAACAUAUUAGAAUUCACACCAAAGUGAAACCCUUCGAAUGUAAUUUGUGUAGUAAGAAGUUCUGUCAAUCUAGUCAUUUAAAAAGUCAUGUAGCUUCUCAUGAUUCAGCUCGGCAACACCGGUGUCAACUUUGUGGGAAAAGAUUUAAACUAGUUAAUCAUUUAAAAAGACAUUUAAAUUCACACACUAGGUCGAAGACAUACCGAUGUGAGAAGUGCAAUCAUGUUUUCUCUCAAGCUUUUAGUUUAAGAAGACAUUUAAAAAGACAUGAUGAAUCUUAACUCUAAUUUUAUUUAGAAUAUAUAAAGCAGGUAUUUAAUUACUCAAGGAAGACAAAAAAAGUUUUAAAAAAAUUAAAGUAGAGAAGAUCCUCUACAAAAAGUGGUAUAUUACAUUUCUUCGUAGCACCACUAGUCAGAAACAUCAACUUGAGGAAUAUAGAAAGUCUGUUUUUUGUGAUUGUUAGUACAAAAACCUCUUUCUAUUAUGAAGCAAUUUUAUCUGAGGCCUUUGAUGAACCAAAGUUCUCAUAAAAUGAACACAAAUAAAUAGAUUAAUUAGCCAUAGUACUUUUUAGCGGUAUUUACCUUUGCUUAUACUUGCAGAAUUAUUAAUGUUAGAGCUAGAUCUGUAUGCGACAUUCGGCGGAAGAAAAAUCCUUAAGCGAGCUGAGGUAAAUUUUACUGAAGGCGCGAUUCAGGAAGCGGAUAAACUCUGACUGUAUAGCAGUCUGCGGGUUACAGCCCCUCCACUACAUAGGCGUCUGGAGACAGACUGCAACUAAACGCUCGAGUACGACAGGCAACUUUUGUAUGUGAGUGGAUCUGUAUACAACCGAAACUUGCGUUUUGCUCAACAACGUAUUGGACAUGAUUUAACAAAUAUAAAAAAAUAAGAAUACGUAUUUAAACUACAUUACAGAAUAUCUAAAGUUAGUAUAUCAUUAUUACAUACAAUUAUGAUUAUGAUUAUUACAAUUAUGAUUUAACUUGAAAGUAUGUAUGAGUGUAGCUGUACAACGUACACAUAUUAAAAGGAAAGCGUCCACCUUUACAUUUUUUUAUUUUGAAAAUUAAAUUGAAGUUAUUUUCGCAAAUUAAGCAAGGAUUUUUGUUUCGCGGUAUUUAUUACACUAUACUUUGUUCACCGAGAGAACGAAAUUCUGAAAAGACGAAAUCUGCACGCAGCUUGUCAAAGAAAGGGAAGUGUAGGCGCCCCCCUGGAAAGGGUUUAGUGGUGGCCCUAACUAAGGUUAUACAAAAUUUCAGAGAGACCUUGGUCAGUCUAUUUGAAAAAAUGGUGUCUCUAUUCAACAGUGAUUGGCUGUACAUCGAUGAACAGAGUAUAUAAAGUAUAUUUAAAAAUUUUUUUAAAAAUAGAUUGAUACUCUAGAUCAAAAGUAAAUGAAGUUUGAAUGUUUGAUUUUCGAUGAGUUGUUGUACAAUAAAUUAGCCCUGGUAAGGGAAAAUAAAAUAAAUUACUACUAAUUAGCAUAAAA